AUGGAUUAUCGUAAAGACUCUUCACGCAUUUCAGAAGACGAAGAUGCAUUGGUCGCUCGUAUAAAUAAUAAUCUAAUCAAACUAGAACAAAUUGAAGAUGAGGGGGUUGAAUUACUUAAAUCUAUAAAUCAUUAUCAUGACACAAUUCAUCAAACUUGUAAAGUAGUACCAGAGGUUAGAGAUCAACUUAAAGUAUUAUAUAAAAAGGCUAUUGACCAGUCAGUUCGAGAAGAAGAGUAG